AUGAAGUCUAUAAAACAGAAUCUACAAGAGUACAAAGGUCGUGUUCCAGGCGAUAGAUUCAAACACAGAAAGGUUGAAGAAAGAACACCGGAAAUAAAACACAAAAAUAAAGAAAUGACAGAGACUCACGGUCACACUAUUAUAAAGGUGGUGCGAGAUGAAGACCUAGAAAAACAGAUUGGAAAGGAUAUAUGUUUUGAUCUUGUGGCUCUUAAUAAGGUGAAGAGUUACCUUGUUCCAAAGGUUACAUCAUUUAAUCAUUUCAAGAAAAAGGUAGCUACUGUGUUUGACAUACCAGUUCAAUUCCAGCGGUUUUGGGUAUUUUCACGGCGGCAAAACCAGACAUAUCGUCCCUCUCGGCCUUUGACAUACAUCGAGGAAUCAGGAUCUAAAGUUUUUUCGUUUGAUAUGAGGCACAUCAAUUUCUCAAUGAUUUUUAUGUUUUUUGUUUUUUUUUUUUAUUUUGAUUUCAAAUUGCAGAUUGGACAAUUGAAAUUGGGAAAAGCAGCAGAAUUAGUAUUGUUUUUGGAAGUGGAGCGUGGGCUGGAUUUAUAUCCCAUUGCACCUGUAAACCUGAAAAAGGAUGAUAUAUUACUUUUCUUCAAGUUGUAUGAUUCUGAAAAAGAGACACUAAGUUAUGUUGGAAGGCUCUUUGUAAACAGUAUGGGAAAGCCGUUAGACAUUUUAGCAAGCUUAAAUGAAUUGGCUGGUUUUGACCCUGAUCAAGGGAUUGAACUUUAUGAGGAGAUUAAGUUUAAACCAAAUGUGAUGUGUGAACCUGUUGAUAAGAGAUUUACAUUUAAAGAAAGCCAGUUAGAAAAUGGUGAUAUUAUAUGCUUUCAAAAAUCUUCGGCUGUGGAUAAUGAGAAGCAUUUUUCCUUUCCUGACGUGCCUUCUUACUUCAAUUAUGUGCACAAUAGUGAGCUUCCUUUUUCUUCCAUCAGCCAAAAAAUCGGAAGAUCAAAAAUCAUGGGGGAGCAAAACAAAAUCAUUAGAGCUGAAGAAGUGAGUGUUGAUGAAAACACUGCAGCUCAAUCGUCAGAUGUGGACACAGAGACCACUAAUGAUGAAAAUUCCACUAAUGAUGACACAGAGACCACUAAUGAUGAAAAUUCCAACAACAGCAACAAUUUAAAAUUCAUCGUAGACUCCAAAGAAGUUGAUGCUUUGAUAGAAGAAGAUGUCAUUGAUGUAAUCGACAAAGUUUUAUCGAAAGAGAUUAACAUUUCACUGCCAUCUCACCAUUCUGUCCUACGACAAGAAGCAAGGAAACUGGAUCACGACCUCCCUCAGCAACUUCUUCGGGAAUUGAGGGAUAUUGCCUUUAAAGAAGACUUGGUUGAAAAAUUUAAAGAAGGGUCCACUCCAAAAACUAACUUCAACUUCAAUGAUGUCAAGCAAAGAAUGGAAUCCAACGCAGAUGCGUUCUCCUCUUGGCAAUUAGAACAUGCCAAUGUUAUUGUUAACCUUCUCAGUAACAUUAUGAGUGUGUUUGACAAACUUGAAAAUUUGAAAAAAGAGCAAGACACAGCUAAAAAGUGCACCGAUGAACAUGGAGAAGAAUUGAGGAGGAAAAGACAGAAAAUACUGACUUCAAAAGCAUCCUUCACCAACCACCAAAAAGAACUCAAAUCUCUAGAUGCUGAAAUUGCUGAUCUUAAAGGGAAACUUGAAAAAUUACAAGGUGACAGGGUUAAAAUGGUUGAGAUCCAAGAUCAAGAGAAAGAUGACAUCAUAUCUUUCAACAAUGAAGUUAAAUCAAUUAUAUAUCGCCUUGCUGAUGAUAUAAUGAAGUUGAAAAAUGUUGAAUGUAAUAUCUUGGAGGCCCAAACUGAAUUAGAAAGUCAUGAAAAGGUCUACAAGACCUUUAGGGCAAUUCCUCCAUUUUGAUUUAUGUACUAAUUUCGUUCAUCUUUUUGCCCACAAUCUUUUUAGUUUUGUUGCAGCUUUAGCAUACUAGCCUUCCAUGAUACAUAAAGUCCUAUUUGA